CGGGCGUCAACGAUAUAUCAUCGGAUCGGAAAUAACAUAUAUACCUAUAUCGUCAUUGUUCCCCGAGCGCACGCGAGUUGUUAUUUUUAAGCUGUUGCGAGGCAUCGCUCGAAAAACUACAAUAAAUCCAUAGUCGUCGCGUCGCAGACGUCGUCGCGCGUAUAAUUCCGAGAGAAUGCGACGACGACGACGACGAUGACUAGAUGCUCGCUCGCUCGUCUGCCAAUAUAACACCUAUUAAAAGCGCUUACAACACAGCAACAUAUACUUGUGCACAUGAUGAUAACUGGUGGGAGCCGUUGCCUAUAUGCUGCGAGCAUAAUAUGAGUGAGGAAGCCAGAGUAUCAGCAGCAGCAGUAGUAGCGAAAUAUUGGCGGCUCGUCGUGCUACAUUUGUGCGCGUGUAUCGUCCCCAGGCGCGCACGCAUUUGGUCGUGCAACUCCCGCGACUCCUAUCCUAUCAAGCUUUACAAAGUCGCGCGGGCCUCGCGAAAUAUAGUGUAGCGUGUGUUGGGCUGUGCGCCUUUGCUGUCGUGGUGUGUCUCGUGGUGUGUUGUGUGACUGUUAUGUGCCCGUGUGAGUGUGGGUAGAAACGCAUGAGUAACACAUAUAGGCAAGAAAACGUUGCGGCCUGGCUGCACGACGAGACGGUUGCUUUGGUUAUAUCAGUACGCGCCGCACUAUUCCGCUACGACGACGACGACGACGACUACGAACGUCGACGACGACCCGUGUGUGCCGUAUAACGACUACUAUGGACGAGAUUUAGAACAGCCAGCAGCAGUAAAACUAUAAUCGCACGCACACGCUCGCAUAGUCGGGCAAAAUUUACAUAUCAGCCUCGAAUCUCGGCUUGCUUUGCCCCCUAUUUUCCCUUUUUUUCAUUCAAGAUUGUUGUCAAGUUAUAAUAAACAGAAAAAUGAAGAUGCGGCUUGAAGCGGAAUACCUCUCGCAGGAGCAUCUUGCUGGCUUCGAGCAUUACAAGUACAGCUGCUUGGACACCAGCCCACUGAGUAUUUAUGUGAUGCAUCCUUUUUGGAAUAGAGUUGUUGAGUAUUGUCCAAAAUGGGUUGCUCCAAAUUUACUCACCUUCUCGGGUUUCCUAUUCACAGUUCUAAAUUUUGCCAUGUUCACAUAUUACGAUUAUUACUUCUUUGCAUCCAGUGAUGAUAUGCCGCAGUAUGCUCUUAUACCUAGGGCUGCAUUUGCCUUAGCUGCAUUCAAUAUUUUUAUGGCAUAUACUCUUGAUGGCAUAGAUGGUAAACAAGCCAGAAGAACUCAAACUUCUAGUCCUUUAGGUGAAUUAUUUGAUCAUGGACUUGAUAGCUGGACUACCAUGUUAAUUACUAGUUGUAUGUACUCUGUGUUUGGUAGAACUGAACACAGCGUUUCACCCAUAAGAAUGUACUUCAUUCUAUGGAAUGUGUUUAUAAACUUUUAUCUCAGUCAUUGGGAAAAAUAUAACACUGGUGUACUCUUUUUGCCAUGGGGAUAUGAUUUGUCGAUGGUGGCAACUGUUGUAGUUUUCUUCUUUACUAGCAUUGGUGGACAUUCUUCAUGGAAAUUUGAUUUACCUGGAGGAUACUCAGCAGGUUCACUCUUUGAAUUACUUAUUUAUGUGAGUGCUCUAGUGUCUAAUGUACCAGUUGUAUUGUGGAACAUUUAUAAGUCAUACAGAGAUAAAACUGGAAAAAUGAAAACAUUCCCAGAAGCAAUCAGACCAUUGAUACCCCUAGCAUUAUUGUUUGUCAUAGCUACACCAUGGGUAGUGUAUUCUCCUAGUAAAAUAAUUGAAAGAGAUCCAAGAAUAAUUUAUAUGGCAGUUGGAACAAUAUUUUCAAAUAUUUGUUGUCGUUUAAUAGUAUCACAAAUGAGUAAUACUAGGUGUGAAAUUGUGCCAUGGAUAUUAUUCCCUGCUGCUGGAGCAGCAAUUAUGGCAUGGGCAGUACCAAAUUUAGAUCUGAUAUUGAUGUACUUAUUAGCAGCUGUUGCUUUGGUAUCUCAUGUGCAUUAUGGUACAUGUGUUGUACGUCAGAUGUGUCGUCAUUUCAAGAUAAAUGCAUUUAGAAUAAAAAGUAAUUCUGAUUGACUGCUUGCUGAUGAUACAUGCUAAAAAAACGAAGAAAAAACUGAUAACAUAUAUGUAUGAUAGGUGUGCGAGAAAAGAAAACUUAAGCCAGUAAAGAUCUGAUGCAUUUCAUGAUAGCAUAGUUUAGUGUGUAUAGGGAAAAAAGGUAUAUUUUUUUUACAAUUUUUCUCCAUUCUAAUUAAUAAUCCUUUUUAAAGGACACCUCAUGGCAGCAUAUCCAAUUUGGUAGUAAAUUUCGUGUGAAUUUCACUCCAGUCUGUUCUAAUUUAAAAUAAGCCUGAGAUCGCUAUUUAAUAUUCUUAUCUUGCUACUGCUCAAUAUAAUGUGAUUCAGAUUGUGAUUGUUUGCAUCAGAAUCAAUGCGAGUCUAAUGUACUCAUUUAUGUCUGUACUCGAGUCAAAUGUUCACCAAAAAAUAGUAAGAGUUUCCAUUCAGUGGUAGCACUUUUUUCCUUAGAGUAAUGAACUUUCGAAAGUAUAAGGUAAUGGUUUUACACUUAAAAAUGUUAUAAGCUUGGUUUUAAUAUCCAUCACUUUUGUGUGCUGCGCACCUCUUCGUUUUAAUCAUGUAUUGUCUCUCGGAUAUUAACUUAUGACAAGCAGCCAUUGAAUUAUAUAGCUGCAUAUUUUGCACCUUCUGCAAAAAUCUUUAAGUACCAUGAACUUCUUGCCUUUUUUUCGUAUUUCGAAUUGCUUACAUUUUAGUCUAAUGAAUUAAAUUUACCAAUACCGAUCGUAAGAAAAGCUAUGAGCCCUAUUUUUCGGUAGCUAGCUAGAUAAUUUUUUAAAUCAUACUUCAAGAAUCUUCAGGUUGUAUUCAAAUAUAUGUGAUAUACAUUAACGAGAAGGUCGUUAUUGUGUACAACUAAAAAUUUUUACCAAAAAGUAUUUUUUGUCAAAUAUAAAAAUGUCAAAAAUAUUCCAGGAAAGAAGUAUAAACUUUGAUGAGGGACGAAUUUUUCAUAACUAACACUUUGUCCGAAAAAUAUAAUACGAGGUAUUAUCUCGAUUAUUCUCUAUUAUCUCUCUUUCUCUAGUCAUCUAAGAUUAUACUUUGAUUUCCAUUGUGUAAAUUGUAUAUUUUGUGUAAAGCUGCAUCAUCGCGCGUUUGUAAAGACGUAAUCAUGAUUGUAAUUGUAUGUUACUUUAGACGAUUACAGAACAACUAUUUUUAGAUUCUUUAGGUUCUUUAUUUUCUUCAUUUUUCGAUUUAAUUAUAUAAUGUAAUUAUAGUAUAUCUUCAUUGAUAACAAAUUUAAAUGAAAUUCGCGACUUACACACUUUUCAUUAAUUAAUUUAUUAAUAACAAGGGAUUUUAACUUUUGGAAAAACAAUGAUGAAUGAAAAGUAAGUAAGUCCUUGGUAAUCGCGUUUUAAUUGUGAAUAUUAAUGAGCAUUGAAAAUAACAAUUUCGAAUCAGGUGUAGAACAUAUUGAUUGUAAGAAUGCUGCAUCACGUAACUAGUACAUAAAAAAAGUGUACAAAUGGAUAAAAUAUGAAUUAUUUAUAAUUUUUAGUGCACACUGUGCCAUAUAUUAAUACACACGUUGUAGAUAUGUAAACCGUGUUAUGAUCAAAAAAUGAUGUAAAACUGGUUUUUUUACACGAAAGAAAUAUUACGUGCAAAAAUUCGGUGCGGUGACGAAUCCCGCUAGAGCGCGGAUCCCUAUCACCGGAACGAUAAUACAUGUACACAAUUCUUUAUUUACUUUAAGCUCCGAAUGACUAUCAGUCGUUUUACUGUAAACUUACGAAAAAAAAUUACGCUUAUUAAUAAAAUGCUGUAUUGAUCAAGUUUGAAACGUUAGAAAUAAGAUAGCAGAUAAAUCGGUGUAUUUUUUUGUGGGUGUCGUUCCGACGAAGCACGACUUGCUACACAGCUACUGUACACAGAAUAUCACAAAAGCAACCAUGUCAAUUUAUUAUCCCUCAAAAUGAGGAAUAAUAUAUGCGCGCAUAUUUUGCAAGAAUAAAAAGAGCCAGAGAUAGUUUUAUAUGUGUCAUCUUAUCAGUGCAGUUGUAAACACGAGUGUUAUAGUAGUAAAAGGUACGAGUUUUGAGGAAAAAAAUUGCAUCAUCAAAAUGUGUCUUCAAUGUCAUAUUAUUAAGAUGGCGUUUCUAAUUAACGUUAUCACAUAAAAUAAUUAACUAUUAUUUAUAAUGAAAAGCAUUUAUGUAUAACGAAGCAAACCUAUGCGUACGGAUAAACGAUCAGUUGUGUAAAAAUAUAUGAAAAAUUUUACAAAACUAUAAAAA